CUAAAUAAUCGACAUUCAUUUCGUGAUAUACAUCGUAAAGAAAAUACAUUGUCACAGAAAAAUGUUCAAAUUAUUAAUAUUUGCUGCCUUACUCACUGUCGCCUAUUCUCAAAGGCAGGCUGUUGCUUACCUAGCUGAUCCAGAGGGUAAAAGUGGAGUUAAUGGUAAUAUUACUUUUUAUGAAACCCCAUUUGGAGUAUUUGUUGUUGGAGAAGUUCAUGGUUUGACUCCAGGAAAACAUGGUUUUCAUAUUCACGAGUAUGGAAAUAUAAGCCCUGGCUGUAAAGCAAUGGGAAGUCACUACAACCCUUACAAUAUGACUCACGGCGGUCCAAAUGAUAAAAUCCGUCAUGUUGGAGAUCUUGGUAAUAUCGAAGCAGACAACAACGGCAUCGCGUUCGUAAAUAUGAUGGAUCGAGUGAUAGCACUACGUGGUGUCAAUGACAUUGUUGGUAGAGGAGUUGUUGUCCACAAUACAACUGAUGAUCUUGGAAAAGGUGGUGACGAAGAAUCACUUAAAACCGGAAAUGCCGGAUCGCGCCUCGCGUGUGGUGUAGUCGGAAAAAAUUCUAAUUUCUAGUUACCUUAUAGUAUAUCUGAUAAUUUUAUUUAUUUCAUUUUUCGAAUAUGUUGUAAUAUAUUCUUUACUCGUAUAUAA